AUGUUUGCUCGUCUCGUUACUGCCGUCUUGUUUGGAGCCCUCGCGUCAGCGCAAGAUCUCGGGGUUCCAACAUCAUGGCGGGAAUUCAGCAACAACCGAUCGUUGUCUGAGCGUAUCUCCAUUGCACAAGCAGGGAUCAAUGUGAUCGCUGCCAAUCUCGACGCGAGCACGGCUUCAUUCUCGGGGAUUGGCUACUGGCAGAACGGCAAUGUGUUCUCUGCGAUGGCCAACCAGGACUACUUUGCGAAGACGACGACAUACGAGAGCACCGUGGUGAACGCCCUGAACACGGCAUACUCUCUCUACGCGAAUGCUGACCAGUAUGGCUACAAUGACGAUGCCAUGUGGUGGGCUACGGCAGCAUACUAUGCUUACCGCGCGUAUGGAAAUACGGACAUGCUCACCCACGCAAUCAAGACCUGGCAGCAUGUCUCCGCUUACCAAAUUACCGCCGCGGAAGCUUCAGCAGGGUCAACCUCAGUCAAGAACUUCUCCCUCUCUGGAACAUGCGACGGAAAGUCCAUGGCUGGCGGCGUAUUCUGGCGCCCUACAAUAGACGACCAGGGCAUGAACUCGAUCACGACGGGGCUUUUCCUCACGCUAUCCGCUUACCUCGCCUCUGCGACGGGCGAUACGUCGACGUAUCUCGAUCCUGCUAUCGCAGCGGCGCAGUGGAUCCAGAACGUGAACAUCAACUCGGCGAAUAUCGUGCUGGACUCUGUCAAUCCGCAUGACUGCACUCGUUCCUCUGCGUCGUGGCUGUUCACGUACAACACGGGCAAAUUCAUCGAGGGGCUCGCGGUACUGUCGGAUGUCACCGGAGACUCGCAGUGGAAGACGCUUCUGACCGACGUUGUUGCGGCCGGCACGAAGAACGCGCCAUGGCAGGGCACUGAUGGUAUCAUCACGGAGGCUGCUGGUGAUACCUCGAACAACGAUGGCGCAGGCUUCAAAGCGAUCUACAUCCGCGGCUUGAACGAGGCAUUCGUCCGCAACCAAGACGACUGGGACUUCCAGGUCCUCAUUCACAGCUACAUUGAUGUCCAGUAUAACGCGCUGCUCGACCUCGCUGACAAUAACAACGCGUAUGCGAUCGACUGGCAUGGACCUGCUACCUCGUACACCGCGUGGGGGCAGCUCGCGGCGCUGGAUGUUCUGGUCUCGGCGAUUUCUGCGAACACAUAG